UAAGCGCGAGCGUUCCUUCAUCACAACAGAGACGCUCCGCCGUUAAGUCGCCUUUCACCGGGAGAAAAACGUUUGUUUACCGCCUCUGCCAGUUCCCUGCAUGACCUGGUCUUCAGGGGGGCUUGAUGUUAGACGUCUUCGCAUCAUGGAUUUACUGGUAACGUCUGUGUGUUUAUUCUUCCUUCUGUUACCGGGCCGGAGUCUCGCAGAGCACCGGGGAUAGAGGCCUCCGCGCGCCUGCUCGAUUAACGGAGAGCCCGCGCGGAGCCACAACACACAGGGGCGGGAAAUCAUUCGUGUUUUUGGCAGAGGUCAAAAGCUAUUCAUCUGACUGGGGUCGAGGUGCAGCGGCUGGCGAAUUCGGAACCAGUCGGGACCGGUGUUGAUGUGGGGUAAAAUGGAGACCCCGACGAUCAUGUACGAUCUGGAUACCUCCGGCGGGCUGAUGGAGAAAAUCCAGACCCUGCUGGCUCCACCCAAGUCUGAGGAUGGAGAGAAAAAGAACAGGAAGCCGGACAGGAGCACCAGGAGAUCUGGAAGGGCCAACAACCAUGACACCUGUGACAGCUGCAGGGAAGGAGGAGAUCUGCUGUGCUGUGAUCACUGUCCUGCUGCUUUCCAUCUACAGUGCUGUAACCCGCCAUUGAGCAGAGAAAUGCUGCCCCCUGGUGACUGGAUGUGUCAUCGCUGUACCGUUCGCAGAAAGAAAAGGGAACAGAAGAAAGAGCAAAUUAACGGCCUUCUGGAGCGGCAGCUGGGGAAGCAGACUCCUCCUCCAGCUCCUGAGCAGGAUUGCGGGACGUUACGGCUGAAUCCCUCUGUGGGGACGGGUGGCACAGGGCUACGGACCGCCGUUGCACAGGUGCGACUCUUGGAGAGACGUCCCAGCAGCCGACCUGCGACCCCCAACUCCAACACUUCUUCAGCAGACACCCCCACACCAUCCGAGCAGAACGACAUGGAAGACCUCCUGGAUGUGGAGGAUGAGACUCAGGGUUCGGAGCCUGAACUCUCGAAUACCACAACCACCCUCAAAAGACCAUUUGACCUCCUAAUAGCCGCCGCCAUGCAGAGAAACCCCACGCAGUUCCAGCUUCCGAAUGACCUCACCUGCACAACCGCACUUCCAGGCACCAGCAAAAGGAGAAGGAAAGACGAGUUAUCCAGCAAGAGUGUUAAACGGCCACAACACGAGCUGGACAGUUGUGGACUGGUUCCACUGCCUGUUAAAAUGUGCUACACAUGCAGCAGGAGCUGCCGAUUGGCUCCACUGAUCCAGUGUGACUUUUGCCCUCUCUUAUUUCACAUGGACUGUUUGGACCCGCCUCUCACUGCCUUCCCCACGGGCAGGUGGAUGUGUCCCAACCACAUCCAGAACCUUGUACUGAACCAGAGAUCCUUAACCAUCAGCAACCGUUGCCAGUUAUUUGACCAGUUUCAGGACUGUAUAUCCCAGCAUGCAGUCAAGCUGGACUUCCUCCAGCGGAUACAUCGACAACACCCCCCUAUACAGCGAUCAACUCAUGCCCAAAGCAAAAAGACUUUAAAGGUUCCAGAUGCCAUAAAGUCACAGUAUCAGAAUCCACCUACUCUGAUGGCAUCGGCAGGGGUCCGUGAGGGAGAACUGAUCUGUACGGGCCUUCCAGAAGCUUCUGUCCCACAGCACUUAGCCAGUGAAGACGAACAGCGUCAGUGGCUCAAAGACAUCAUCUCACUGCAGUGCAGCAUUAUGAGGCAUUUAAGGAACAGACAAACAUCUCAUUGGGAUUCAGAGCGCACAGAAAAGACUGAUCUGAAACUCAGAGACUCCUGCCAGAAUGCAGCCUCGCAGGGCAGCCAGAACUCUUCGCCAAAAGUUCCCUGUAGCUCAUGUACUGAGGGACUGUGUCCGAAAUGUAAGACCACAAACGGCCCUGUAGACCAAUCGGUUCGGUCCAAUGGAACACAGGAUCCUGUUAGAACCCAAAACAAGAGUGUUGACCGUGAAACGCCCUGUUUACCCACGCCCAGUCCACCCAAUCAUGCCAAUUCUGGAGCCAUGAUCAAGGCAGAGGAUGCCAGUUUAAAGUCUCGUGGUGGCACUGAUGUCCCUCCUCCUGCUCGUGUCAAAUCUGAGCCCCAAACUCCACAAUGUGAUCAUGCUAAAACUCCACCGGCUUCAGAUGCAGCUGUAAAAGUCUCGGACUCCACUGUGUGUACAGGAGCACAUGCUGUUAAAUCGCAAAAAUUUACCUCAGACGCUGGGUCAAAUGGACAGAGAUCUCCAUCUUCUUGUGGUGGAAAGUCCAGCUUGGACUCAGUGAUGACAGGAAGUGGGGACAUCUCCUCUUGCACAGAACCCAACAUGUCAGAGCUGUCCGGGCGGAUAAAAGACAUCAUGCAGGGCAGUGGAGAAGUUGAGCUUAACUCAUUGGAUGAGAAAUUCAUCAAGCUUUUGGCCUGGCAGCGGAUUCAGCAGCUUUUUGACUCAAAAACAUCUCCUGUUCAGAGCAGUUCUCCUUUAUCCGUUUCUCCGGCUCAUAGGAAACACGGUGAAGCCCAAAACAGGGAGGUGCAGGCGAGAGCUUCGUUCUGUUCAGUCUCAGGAAAGGCUGUCAACAUGUGCUACAGGAGUCUGCACAUCGGGACAGGUGCUGAUAUGGACGUGUGCCUUACAAACUACGGGCAUUGUAACUAUGUUUCAGGGAAACAUGCCUGUAUAUUUUAUGAUGAGAAUACCAAGCAGUAUGAAUUGCUGAACUACAGUGAACACGGGACAACCGUCGACAACAUACUAUAUUCAUGUGACUUUUCGGAGAAAAUGAGCCAGAGUCAGUCCAGCAAUCUUCUCACCAAAGUGCAGAACAUCAUCCGACGCUGCAGGAAAAAGGAGCAAGAGGAGUCUCCCAAUGGUGUUCCCUCAGCAAAAGAAGCCACGCAUAUGAGCUGCCAGUCCCAGGACGCUCCAGUCACUCCUUGUAACUGUAAAAACAGCGGCUCCCGUAUGAUCGGAGGCAGUGGUGCAGGAUGGGAAGGCACUGCGCUCCUCCAUCAUGGAAGUCAUGUCAAACUGGGCUGCUUGCAGUUUAUUUUCAGCAUCGCAGAGUUUGCCAACAAGCCACUUAAAGAGGAGCUCAGCGCCUGCAGCCUCGCUCCCACACCUGGCCAACAGGGGGAGCAGCUGAGCAAAUCUACACCCAAUCCUCCGCCACAACACAACCUUGCAACUUAACCCUGUACAGUUCAUACGGUUUGCGAACUAUUCUAAUGUUCAUACUCUUGCAUGAGAUGACGUUUUUCUAAUUCCUUUGGACUUUUUUUUGGCAGAUUGCACAUUUUUUGUGUCUCAAUGCAAGACUUGCAUUUUUAAAGGGAAACUUUGGUCAUCAGAACCGUUGAGCAGUUUUCACAUGUAAAGAUCCAAACAUCUUCUAUUUUGUGCCAGUAACAAUAGUUUUUAUAUAAACAAGCGUCUUCUUUUUCCCUCUCCCAUGAAAACGGAUGCUUUUAUUUAUGUCCUCUGGAGCGAAAAGUGAGGAGACUUGUACAUAUGUUUAUGUAUAUGUGUGAAUAGACAAAACCACAUGAUUCAGCGCACAAAGUGCUCCAGUUUGUACCAUUUCUGUCGUGCACCAUUUGGUCCUUUAUCUGUCUGUUUCAUGUGUUCUGUACGUUUUCACAAGUUCUUGUCAAACGAUGUAAAUACAAACCAUAUUUUAAAAUAACCUGCUUUAGAAA